GCUGUGACUCCAAAGAAACUCCUCAUCUCUCUAUCUAAAUCUACAUCCACUGUUUAUUUAUAUCUAUCUGAGGGGGUCUACAUGUGUUUUGCAGCGCUCCCUUGUGAAUGACUGGACACCGACUGGUUCCUCAUUAGCUCGUCCCAUCUCAGUAAUCUUUCAUCCCCAUUGGCUGCUCUCAGGACAGCCCUCCUGACACCGACCAAUGGCAGCAGCUCCAUAUGCACAUAACCACUCCUCCCUGCUCUUAAAGAGCCCCCAUGACUUCAAUGGAGACUCAAUCCCCUCACUGACUUACUCAGCCUGAGUGCGCUCUCACCACUGCUGCUCUCCAUCCAUCUGUGUCCGUCUUUUAUUCUCUCUUUCUCUCUCCAUCACCUCCUCUGAUCUUUCUCCUCUUCUCCACACUUCCUCUUCCCUCUCUCUUCAUCUCUACCUCAGGUUUUUCCUCCUCUUCUUCUCUCUGUAUCACCACCACUCUUCCUCUCUCCACACGUACUCCUGAGCCUGAGUGUGCAGCACCUGUGCAGACUGGAGUUUGUCGGGCCGAGGCAGAGCGGGGUUUUUUUUUAUUGUGUGAGUGUGUGUGUGUGUGUUGAACAGGGGAGGGAGGGGAGACAACACCCAGGAACACCUGACCAACAUUUCAUCAAGAUAUGUGGAGACUUAGGAACUGAUCUCCUCCUCCAGCUUUUCCCCCAGCUGUUUGUUUAUCUGUUUUUUUAUUGCAACACCUGGAAUGCUUAACGUGGACUGAUGGAUGUUUCCGAACUGUGCAUCCCUGACCCUCUCUGCUACCACAACCAGUAGGUUGCUAACCAGAAUGCCCGCUGAGGACCGACACUUAUCAUCCAGCUGUGGUUCUUACGUCAAAACCGAGCCCUCCAGUCCAUCCUCCUCGCUAGUAGACACCGGCAGCCACCACAGUCCCAGCGGCAACUCCGACGCCAGCGGCGGCUACGUGAACAGCAGCAGCAGACACUCGCACGCCCUGGACUCCCCGCCAAUGUUCAACCCAGGCAUGCUCGGAGGCGGCGCCGCCUGCCUACGCCGCUACGAGGAGUGCUCCGGCGUCGUGGCGGACGACUCGCCGAUCAAGUGCGAGUACAUGCUCAAUGCCAUUCCCAAGAGGCUGUGCCUGGUGUGUGGUGACAUUGCCUCGGGGUACCACUACGGGGUGGCCUCCUGUGAGGCCUGCAAAGCCUUUUUCAAAAGGACGAUACAAGGGAAUAUCGAGUACAGCUGUCCCGCCACCAACGAGUGUGAGAUCACCAAAAGGAGACGCAAGUCGUGCCAGGCCUGCCGCUUCAUGAAAUGUCUUAAAGUGGGCAUGUUGAAAGAAGGUGUACGUCUGGACCGGGUGAGAGGGGGGAGACAGAAGUACAAACGGAGGUUGGACGCAGAGAACAGCGCCUACCUCGGCCUCAGCAUCCCCCCUCCAGCCAAAAAGCCACUGACGAAGAUCGUUUCCCAUCUGUUGGUGGUGGAGCCAGAGAAGAUCUAUGCCAUGCCUGACCCCACCAUGCCCGACGGAGACAUCAAGGCCCUGACCACGCUGUGUGACUUGGCUGACCGUGAGCUGGUGGUCAUCAUCGGCUGGGCCAAACAUAUCCCAGGAUUUUCCACUCUGUCGCUGGCAGACCAGAUGAGUCUACUGCAGAGCGCCUGGAUGGAGAUCCUGGUGCUGAGCAUCGUGUUUCGCUCGCUGCCCUGCGAGGACGAGAUCGUGUACGCAGAGGACUAUGUGGUGGACGAGGAGCAGGCGAGGAUCUCAGGCCUGCUGGACCUGCACGUCGCCAUCCUGCCACUGGUCCGACGCUACAAGAAGCUGCGCAUGGAGAAGGAGGAGUUCGUCACGCUCAAAGCCAUCGCCCUCGCCAACUCGGACUCCAUGCACAUAGAGAAUAUCGAGGCCGUCCAAAGGCUCCAGGAUUCUCUCCACGAGGCCCUGCAGGACUUUGAGGGCUCCCAGCAUCCCGAGGACCCUCGACGGGCAGGCAAGCUGCUAAUGACCCUGCCUCUGCUCCGUCAGACCGCCACCAAGGCCGUUCAGCACUUCUACAGCAUCAAAAUGCAGGGCAAAGUCCCCAUGCACAAACUAUUCCUGGAGAUGCUGGAGGCCAAGGCUUGACACCUGGGCCAGAUGUUUGACAGACAGCUGCAUCACCCAAUGGGAGGCAAGGGACAGCCCGUAAAAAAUAAAGGUGGUGUGCCAAUAGACAGUGAAAAGGAUGAAGCUUGGACUACUGAGUCAUUUUAACACUUUUAAAUGGUAAUAAACAUAAAAGAAAAAAAGGGACUUGAAACGGUUUUAAAAAGGGUGAAUAUCAACCUGAUUGACACGGGAUCACGAUGAUGUAUAUAAAGAUGUUGUGUACAGAAAUCAGGCAACCGAGGUCUUGUUAUAACCAGAGGCCCAUUGCUCUAUAUCACCUGAAGCUUCUGUGAAUUUGUUUCUUAUCUUAUUUUCAUCUCAAAAUGGAAGUGUGUUAAUAUAAAUGUCCUAAAGAACCGUACGGCUACGUAGCCACACUAUGUGUUUCUUUCUUUCAUAUUUUCCAAUCUCAGUUGUUAAAGCAAUAGUCUCUAACUGGUCUACAUAUAAUAUGUGUACUGUAUAUUGUGUGAAAUUGCACUGGGCGGGGGGGAGAAUUGUUAGACAUAUUCUUAUAUUCGUCAUCAAAGAAAGCGGCGCCCGCCACGGGUCUGUAAGAUUCUCGAUUUCCUCGUAAUAUAUUUACCUCGUAGUAGCUUCAUUGACUCAGCGGUUUUAGUCAACUUGGUGCUCACAGAAGGACAAUGGUUGGCUGGUGAUCAUAGUUCACAAAGAGUUUGCACUAAGCAUCUAUGAAUAACGUGGCAAUAAUGGGUAUCAUGCUAGCACGCUCUGUCUGGUAGCUUCUAAUGUCAGUCAGUCAGUGGUUUUUGCAUGUAGACACUAAACUCCCUCCUCACUCUUCACUUCUCUCUAAAUAUUGGCAACUAAACAAACUGUGAAAAUACACAUGAUAAGCUACAUCCUGUGCUGAGAACUUUAAACUGUGCAGCUUGUUAAAAAAAGUAUCUAAUUUAAUUACAGGUAAAAUAACAGCUACAUCUAUGCAAUGUAAUGCAAUCUAAAUCACUCUGUAAUGCAGCCUGACAGCCCUGCAAUAAGUACGACCUUUGUGAAGUUUAUAACGUUCAGUUUCUGUCACUGAGGUGCUGAUCCGACUCUCUGGUCAUUAUUGAGUCCAUAGUUUGUCAUGGUGCCGCAUUAGAUUGCAUUAUAUUGUGUAGGUUUUGCUUUUUCUCAUAUUCACCUCCCUUUGUUGGGGUUGCCCAAGCUCACAACAAGUGUCACUAUAUUGGUAGUUUUAGCUCCACAGCUCAUCAGUUAGUCCUUUGGUUGCUUUUCGUCAAAGUCAUGUGAAGCCAAAGUCUGCAUGCUAGCCUUACACAGUUUUUACGAUCCUGUAAUUUGUUCUCAGUGUUGACUGCAGGUUGAAUAUGGUGUCUCUGAGAGAAAAAAAAUUAGAUAAAGCUAGAUAAAAUUAGAGACCAUUUUGGGGUAGAAUCACUCCGGCUGCGAAUGUGGGCCAGGGACGUAAAAUCAGGGGGCCAGUCAUCCCUUACUUACUUCUUACACCCCCUACUUCAGAUGCCGUUACUCAGACUACCCCUUGUCUGCAAACUUAGCCUUCAUUGUGAUCCAGACACACACCUGUAAAGUUUCAUGACUGCAUCUUUCCACGGUUGUUACGAUAUUGUAGUGACAAAAUCUGUCCACAGACAGACAUAUUAACACCUCAAAGUACUCAGAUCACCUGUUUGGUCAUUUCCACUACACUUGGUUUCACAAGAUCACGUUUUGCCAUGAUGACUCACACACGGACUCACAAACUGAAAACAAUACCAAGACGUCUUUGUGGCGGGUAAAUGUUUUAUAUUCUGAUUUCCAGAUAUGGAGGGCCUUGUGUCUUCAUGAAUGGCUCUGGUAAUUUUAGGCACAAUUUCACCCAUUUUAUGACAGUUGCCAAAUUUAUAUAUAUCAACGAGGCCAAAACUCGUACAGACAGACAGAUAAUUUCUCCCUUUUAUUAUUGUGACCUAUCUGAGCUUCAGCAUGGCAAGUUCAAAUAAAAAUGUCACUUUUUUUUUUUUUUAAACUGAGGGUUUUGAGUCCCUUUGUCUCCUCCAUCCUUAAAAUCUAAGAUGGCAGCCGAUUUAGAUGUAACACUAUGACAGAUUACUAAAGGUUUAACCCCAAUCAGCACAUUGAACAUUUCUGCAAACCACAGAUUGGUUACAUUUGGCUAAUGUGAUUGAGUUUAGCCACAAAAACGAUAUGGUUAUGGCUAGGGAAAGAUCGUGUUUUGGCCAUGUUUGGUGGCAAAAAAGCCAGGAUGUUCGGUGGCUCAAAUGUUGGGACACACUGUGAUGUGCUGCUGAAAACAACCAUGUUUGGUGCCACGAAGACUGGUGGAGAUGCUGCGAAGGGUAGCUAAAAGACAACCAUCCACCAUUCCCUCCACCUUCCAGUCACAAAGUCAGCUCAUGUACUACAUCACAUGAAAAAUGUUAACAUAUGUAUAAAACAUGCCGAUGUAAUGUAUUUGUGGUUUGCAGAAACAUAAAAUUUUCUUCUACCGAUUGGGUUGUGCAACAAUAUAAUGAUACUUGUUUCUAAGAGCUUUAUGAACAAAAUUUACACCCUUGCACCAAGUUUCAUGAAAAAUCAAGUCAGUAGUUUUUCUGUAAUCCUGCUGACAAACGGACAAACAAACAAAACAAACCUUCUUGGCAGAGCCUCGGAGGUGAUAAUGACAGAAUAUAUCAGACUCAGAUUACAGCUCACUGAUGUCCACUGAUUUUAUUGCUCAUCUUUAAUGAAGGUGCUCAUCAUUCUGACUGGUACUGUAUGUUCAUUUCUGCAAACACUGACAAACUAAGUUAAUAAAUCUGUGUACUCCAGAAUGUGAUAGUAGACUUUUAUAGGCUAAUAUUUGUCAGUUAUAAACCAGUUGCCAAAUUAUUCAAAGAAAACAAUCAGAAUAAUGUGAUACAGCUGUAAACAUGUUGUCAUAAGAUCAAGAUAAUACAAUAAUCAGCUGCUUGUAGGCUUUUAGUGAGACACAUAUUGUCCCUUAUAAACACUUUAAAGUGUUUUAAAGUGCCAUUAGCUUGUGCCCAAACAAGAAGAAAACACGAAGCCAGGCGACCAGUAACUACAGACAUAGGCCACUUCCUACUCUUGAAAUGAUCCCCACAGGAACAGAUGCUAUUGAUUCACUGUAAUGUAAUGCAUAGAUAAUUAUAACCCAAUACAGCAGAGAAUACAAUUCCCAUGAUGCUCUUUUCCAAAUGUGUAGCCAGCUAAUCCGUCCCCAAUUGAAAUGAGGGAUGUGUCACAGCUGUACAGUAGCAAACCAAAGCAUAGUGUCUUCAGAUAAUGACAAACUGAUAAAACUGCAUUUUGAGCCAGACACUGAACAUGGAUGUUACUUAGACUGUUAUUAAUGGUUGUAGCUUCAUUCUGCUCAUCGUCCAGCUGUGCAUCGUUAAUUUUGAGCAUCCUCUAAGCCUAGGAUGGUGGUAACAGCUAAACAAGAUGAAAACCUUUUGUUGUCUUUGUUCAGUUGAUAUAUGCUUUUAUUAAACAUCUUUGUCGAUAUGAGACGCUGUGGAAAGUCUCAGCCUCACUAAGAGAUUUAACUACCAUUAAAAUGUGGUGUUUUCUAUUACCGUGGUUUAAAGGAACAGUGUGUAAGAUUUAGGGGGAUUUAGUGGCAUCUAGUGAUAAGGUUUGCAAAAUGCGACCAGCUGUAACUACUCCCGGUUAGAAUUCUUCAGUGUUCAUUGUUCAGGACGUUUUUACUGGAAGCUGAAUUAUCCACAGAGGUUUCUCCCUCUUACAAACAAACACACCCGGUGAUUUAAACUUGUAAAAAUACUAAAUAAAGCAGUUUCACAUUACAAAUCAGUGUUUUGCCAAUGCUGUUUGGCAUGUCAGGGAUGAGCCGUCAGCCCAGCACCUGCUUAUGUGCACUUACCUUUUUUCUCCAGUAACUUAAGAUCUAGACGUUUCAGAGGUUUUAACCAUGAGCCGAGUUAUUGGCAGAGGUCUGUUCCUCUCCAAAGCAAAUGAACUAAGUCAUUUAAACCGGUAAAACACUGAAUGAAGCAGUUUCACGCUGAAAUCAAUCCAGUCUGUUCUCACUCCCAACUCGUCAAAUACCGCAGCAUUGUUGACUGAUGUCUUUCUCCCUGAUUUUGUGUUUAGAUGGGCGGAUACAAUUUCAGAGUUAAAAAAAAACUCCCUACGUUGCAGAACCAAUAGUAAGUCCGCAGGGCGGUCCUUCGGUGGCUCGCUGAACUCUUGUGCUCGUAAACAUAGUCCGACUGUAGCCUCGCGUCACCAGGCUCUUGGUUUCUAUUCACUCUGAAUUUUGUCUGGAUUCCGGUUCCGGUCUAGAGAGCGGAUGCCAAAUUCACCAAAUUCACCAAAGUAAAAGUGUUCACCAAAGUAAAACUUUAAAUUCUGGCGCACCGUCGAUUUGGGGUGAUGAGGGGUGUAAGAAAAUCGAUUAACUUAAUGGCUUGGGGCUUUUCUUGUAAAUUAUGUUCUUUAAAUUAAAGUUUCACUGCAUUUUUAUUAGCUUGGUGCUUUUAUUUUGACGGAAAGGUGCAUCCAUCGAAUUCCGGAUCCUGUCUCACUCGCCCUGGUUCCGGUUCCUUACCAAAACGGCCACUAACAGCCCCAGACUAGUCCGACUGCGUUAAAAGUUUUAAACAAAGUCGCUGUAAGUGCUUCAUUUCCACAAUCUUGUGGAUUGAGCACAGGUUUGAUAAAACGGAGUAUAAUCUCUCGGCAUCCAUUUUCAAGCUCUCUGUGUGUUUGUUUCCUUGCGGACGAGAAAAGGGGGAGUCCACAUUUCCAGGAGGGCAUGUCCUUCUAAAAAAUGCAAGAGGCAUUGCUUUGUUGCCGGCCGUUUUCUCCAGUGUGUUAAGCACACUUUAGAAAUGAGUGUCCCCAGACUAUCAGAAGGUGGAGAUCUUUGAUUGUCUGGUGGCGAGACUAGAUAAGCACUGGCAAGCAACUACUGUAAUAUAAAGAGCAACAUUGUCUGUAUAGGGACAGAUGGGUAAAACAAACUCCGGACUUUCACCCAGGAGCCUGCUGUUCUGUUACCCCGUGAAUUUUGAGAUAUUGUUCUAAACCUAGCCAUGUACUUUUGUUGACUAAAUCUAAGAAAAUCGACCUAAAAAUGAGGCAUUUUACCAACGUUCAAGCUUCUUUUGAAAAGAAAUAAUGCAUGUAACACGGAGAGAUUGACACACUGUCCGUUAACAUCCAAAACAGAUGCAGGAGGGCACCUUGCUUGUCAUCUUUUGACGUGUAUGUCCACUAACAAAGCAGCAGUAUUUGGGGCGCCUUCUAGCUCACUGGGUAGAGCAUGUGCCCCAUAUAGACUGAGGCCUGAGCAGUAACCCGGGUUUUAUGCAAACUUGUGGCCCUUUGCUGCGCAUUUCCCCUGUUUCCUGUCACUCUCCAGCUGUUCUUUAAUAAAGGCAAAAAGCCCCAAAAAAAAAUAUUAUUAUUUUUUAUUUUUUUUUAUUUUUUUUUUAAACAGCGGUAUUUUACAAGUUCAGGAUAAAAACAUGUUGGAAACAUCAGUGUUUUUCCGACACUCUCAUCGCGGAGAGGCUCCGAACUGUGGUAGCUUACCAAGAACAGAAAAAUGCACAUGGCCCUAUCUAGAGCCAGUGUUUAGUUUGUCCAUUCUGGGCUACUGUAGAAACAUGGUAGUGCAACAUGGUGGAUGCCGUGAACGAGGACCUGCUCCCUAUGUAGAUAUAAACAGCUCAUUGUAAGGAAACGAAACCACAGUGAUUUUUAUUUUGAGGUGAUUACACACUAAAGAAACAUACUUAUUGUUAUAUGCCAUUUCUGCCACUAUGUCCCCAUAAAUCCUGGUAACACUGGACCUUUAAGGAGAUUGUUGAAGAACAUGUUCUGGCCCAAACAUGCAAACUGACCUUCCUGUCUCUGCACUUGGAAGACUGAUGGCAGAUAAUUGUUUCCCAACUUUCCCUUCUUCCCAAAUUAAUAUAAGAAAAUAAAAGAAAAAUGCUUAAUUUAUUUCCAGAGUUCUAAAACGGUUCGACUACAUCCAAUUAAUUCUAAUUGUCUCCUAAGCUGAAAUUCUCAAUAGAAAUGGAGCAAUUAAAUUUCUGCUUUGGCUCUACCUUGGGGACGAGAGACGUUUUAUUUCGGUUGACGGCGGGGAGGGUUUGUCUAAACCUUUACAAAGGCGAUUUCACGGGUGUCUGUAAUAGUUUCAUAACAAGAGCGAUCACUGGGCUAUGCAAGGCGAAUAUGGCCACCUCUGUUCCUUGUGUUGUGGAGCUUCAAACUGACAUUUAGUUGUGCUUUUUGUUUACACCGUGGACGAACUGUACAGUGCUGUACGCUGCAAAUGUGUCGUGCAUAUUCACCAUGCUAUACUGUAGCUGCUGUGCAUUGAUAGAGCUAUGAGCAUUUGUUUAAUUUAAUGAAUUUCUCAUGAUGUAUCAGCAACACACAUUUAGAGCCCACCUGAGUAGCUGUAUGAUAUAAACCACUGUAUUGAGUCAUGUGUUAUAUUUGGUCUGAGGUGGGAUAUCUUUUUCUUUCCUGUGUCUUUGUGUCUCUCGCUGCUGAAACACACUCUGUGUUAUCAUCGAUUUUGGUUAUCAGCACAGCAGGACGUAUAGCGAGUGAAGUCGUCUAGACCCUAUACCUCAAUUCAUAUUUUGAAAAUUACACUGGGUUUGGAAACGGGCCAUGGGUCCCUCCUGGGAAUCAGUGGCACAGAAAUAAAGUGACAUCACUGACUGGGUAUUAAAAAAAAUGUAGAUGAACCUGCUGCAAUUGGGGAGCACAUUCCUCGGAGGAAAAAGCUGCUUAUUCGCUGUUCCAUUUGCGGACUUAUCUUAUCUCCAUGCACUCUGAGAUGACGAGAUUUACAUAAAACAUGGAGGAACCUCCCUGGCCGUUCUGGUCCGCGGUGUAUAAAGGACCCUGCUAGGUGUAUGUACCGUAGACAUGUGAUUACCCAAGAGGUUUACUCCCCUCAAAAGCAAUAUGUUAGCAAUUGUGAUAUAUGAAUCAAGUUAAAAGGGAGCUUUGGUUCAUUUUAAUUAUAAACUUACCCCAUGCUUGGAAAAGGACAGGGUAACUAUGCACACACGGUCCUGGGGAGACAGAGGGGGGGAUAAAAUGUGAACAUGUUGGGAUGAAGAAGCAAAAAGCCAACUGAAGCUGGGUUUCACUGGACAGUAUUGUGUGGCAUUUUUCUUGUGUUUUGUUUGUUGUGUUCAUGCCUAAUGUACCCAUGUGUAAAUAUAUGCUUUUUUUGGAGUGAGUCAGAUCUAACAGUGCACUGAAUGUACAGUGACAAUAAAAUCACAUGGU